AUGUUGGAGUCUUUUGAAUUUGAUCAGGAACGAAAGGAGGCGUUAAACACAGUGGCGGAGCUAAUCGCUUCAACUAUUGAGGGAGCUGAGUCACAAGAUGUUCACGAUGUACUUUCGUCAUCCCUUCAUUUGCCUCAUAACUGGCAGGAAAUUGUUCAGAAAAGGGCUGAGCAAAGGCGUAAACUCAGUGCUACUUUUACUUUAUUUUGUGAAGAAACAAUUGCCACCCCGUCAACGGAUGGAAAUGCCGCUCUGGAUAUUAGUGAAGCGCCCGCAACAUGUUUCUUACCGGAGUUACGACCCAAAACAAUGCCACCCGUUACAACUUCAGCGACACGCGGGUUUGAGUGUCCCAGUUGUGGAAAUCAUUGGGAUGUUGUUGACGCCCGUAAAUCACUGCGCAAUAGCAACACAUCUUCUGCUGUGCGAGAGUUAAGUAAUGCUGAUGUUGGAUUUUGCCCAGUGUGUGAAGAUAUUUAG